AUGGCAAACUUCUUUGACAAUAAAGCUCGAGCAGCUGCAAUUACUUCGGCAGGAAACAAUGCUGCGACCUCCUCGAAGAACGCACCAGACAAGGAACUGCCCCAUAUGCUCUUUUACGGCCCGCCGGGCACUGGCAAGACGUCUACGAUCCUUGCCCUGGCGAAAGAAUUAUACGGGCCUGAGAUGUUCAAGUCACGAGUACUCGAGCUCAACGCCUCCGACGAGCGCGGCAUCUCCAUCAUUCGUGAGAAAGUGAAGGACUUCGCUCGAAUGCAAUUGUCAAAUCCACCUCCCAACUACAAAGAAAGGUUUCCAUGUCCACCAUACAAGAUCAUCAUUUUAGAUGAGGCCGAUAGCAUGACACAAGACGCCCAGAGUGCCCUACGGCGAACAAUGGAGACGUAUAGCAAGAUCACAAGGUUUUGUCUAAUUUGUAACUAUGUGACUCGAAUCAUAGAUCCUCUAGCUAGUCGAUGUAGCAAGUUCAGAUUUAAGAUGUUAGAUCAACAUAAUGCGAAGAAGCGGCUAGAAGAAAUUGCAAAGAACGAGAAUGUAAGACUUGAGGGUGGGGUGGUUGAUACAUUGAUUAGUUGCAGUGAGGGGGAUCUGAGGAAGGCCAUUACGUUUUUGCAAAGUGCGGCAAAGCUCACAGGUGCAGUGUCAACGGUUCAAACGAAGACGAAUGGGCAUUCCGCAAAAAGAAGGCGAAUGGAAGAAGAUAGCGAAGAGGAUGCUAUGGAUAUUGACGGGGUGUCUUCUGCUGUCAUCAGCGUCGGGAGUAUUGAGGAGAUAGCAGGCAUAAUCCCAAAUAACGUCGUUGAGGGAUUGCUUCACGCAAUACAGCCACAGCAAAAACCUGCUCCAUACGAAGCGAUUGAAAGAAGAGUCACGGAUUUAGUAGCAGAUGGAUGGAGUGCAAUGCAGGUUUUGUCACAAUUAUACCAGAGAGCCGUGUAUGACGACACGAUAUCAAACAAGCAGAAGAGCAGGAUUGUGAUACAAUUCUCAGAGGUCGACAAACGACUUGCAGAUGGAGCUGAUGAGCAUCUUGCCAUCUUGGACUUAUCUUUGCAAAUGUCGAAGACUCUAUCAGAAUCUUGA